AUGUCGCUUCUGGGGACUUUCAAUCAUAGCGUGACCACCGAGGCAACCAGUGAAUCUGUCUCGGUGGCUCGCGAAAUCCAACAUCAUGAUCCCGCCCAGAGUGUCAGUAGUGAGGACACUGCUCUCGAGAAGACCGAGGUUGGCAACGAGGACGUGAUCGAGGCCGAGGUUACUCGUCUGGCCCGCCGGCUCACCCGUGAAUCGACUCGUUGGACCGAUGGUGAGAACACUUUCCUCGAGGUUACGGAGGGCUCGACCCUCGACCCGCACAGCGAAAACUUCAGAGCCCGCAAUUGGAUGAAGAAUUUGCUCGCCAUCACUUCCCGCGAUCCUGAACGCUACCCGGGUCGCCAGGCUGGUGUCUCGUUCCGCAACCUCAGCGUUCACGGGUUUGGUAGCCCUACUGAUUACCAAAAGGAUGUGUUCAACUCUGUCCUGCAGGUCGGUGCUCUGGCCCGUAUGAUCACCGGCACGGGCAAGCAGAAGAUCCAGAUCCUGCGCGACUUUGAUGGCCUCGUCAAGAAUGGCGAGAUGUUGGUUGUUCUGGGCCGUCCUGGUUCCGGUUGUUCGACCUUCCUGAAGACUUUGGCCGGCGAGAUGAACGGCAUUCACAAAGACGAGAAGACCCGCAUGAACUACCAGGGUAUCUCCGACAAGCAAAUGAAGAAUCAGUUCCGCGGUGAAGCUGUCUACACGGCCGAGACCGAUGUGCACUUCCCCCAGUUGACCGUCGGUGACACCCUCAAGUUCGCCGCGCUGGCCCGCGCUCCUCGCAACCGUCUGCCUGAGGUUUCUCGUGACCGGUACGCUGAGCACAUGCGUGAUGUGGUCAUGGCCAUGCUUGGUCUCUCACACACCAUCAACACGCGUGUCGGUAACGAUUUCGUGCGUGGCGUUUCUGGUGGUGAGCGCAAGCGUGUCUCUAUCGCUGAAGCUACCCUUUGUGCCAGUCCCCUCCAGUGCUGGGAUAACAGUACCCGUGGUCUGGACAGUGCCAAUGCCUUGGAGUUCUGUAAGACUCUGAACCUGAUGGCCAAGUACUCCGGUACUACCUGUGCGGUUGCCAUCUACCAGGCCUCCCAGAGUGCCUACGAUGUCUUUGACAAGGUGACCGUCUUGUACGAAGGUCGCCAGAUCUACUUUGGCCGCACUACCGAGGCUAAGGAGUUCUUCACCAACAUGGGCUUCGAGUGCCCUGAGCGCCAGACCACAGCCGAUUUCCUGACCUCGCUCACCAGCCCUGCCGAGCGUAUCGUGAAGAAGGGUUUCGAGGACCUUGUACCCCGUACCCCUGACGACUUUGCCGCCGCAUGGAAGAACAGCAAGGACUACAAGGAGCUGAUGCGUGAGAUUGAGGAGUUCGACCAGACCUAUCCUCUGGGUGGUGAAUCUCUUCAGAAGUUCGUCGACUCGCGCCGUGCUAUGCAGGCCAAGAACCUGCGUGUUCGUUCCCCCUACACGAUCUCUGUCUGGCAGCAGGUCAGCCUGUGCAUGAACCGUGGUUUCCAGCGUCUCAAGGGAGAUGCUAGUUUGACCCUGUCCCAGUUGAUCGGUAAUUUCAUCAUGGCUCUCAUCAUCGGUUCGGUGUUCUUCAAUCUUCAGGAUACUACCGACAGUUUCUACUCCCGUGGCGCCCUUCUCUUCUUCGCAGUUCUCCUCAACGCUUUCUCCAGUGCCUUGGAGAUUCUGACUCUUUACGCCCAACGUCCAAUUGUCGAAAAGCAAGCUCGCUACGCUAUGUAUCAUCCAUUCGCUGAAGCUAUCGCCUCGAUGUUGUGUGACAUGCCGUACAAGCUUCUCAACGCCGUAACCUUCAACGUGACUCUCUAUUUCAUGACGAAUCUGCGCCGCACUCCCGGUGCAUUCUUCACGUUCUUGGUGUUCUCCAUCUUCACGAUGCUGACCAUGUCUAUGAUCUUCCGGACCAUUGCCGCUAGCUCUCGAACCCUGUCUCAGGCUCUGGUGCCCGCUGCUAUUCUGAUCCUGGGUCUGGUGAUUUACACUGGUUUCACCAUUCCUCCCCGCAACAUGCUUGGCUGGUCUCGCUGGAUGAACUACAUCGAUCCCAUUGGAUACGGGUUUGAGUCGCUGAUGGUCAACGAGUUCCACAACCGUUGGUUCGACUGUUUGGACUCAUCUAUGAUUCCUGCUGGUCCUGGUUACAACAAUGUCCCGGCCACCAGCAAGAUCUGCUCCGCAAAGGGCGCCCGUGCUGGUUCCAACCGGGUCUUCGGUAACGACUACCUUGCCGACAGCUUCCAGUACUACGACAGCCACAAGUGGCGUAACCUGGGUAUCAUGAUCGGUUUCAUGAUUUUCUUCAUGGCUACCUACUUGCUCGCCACCGAGUACAUCUCCGAGUCCAAGUCUAAGGGUGAGGUUCUGCUCUUCCGUCGUGGUCACGCCCCCAAGCGCUCCUCGCAUGAGGAUGACAUCGAGAUGAGCUCUACCGUCGUCCCCGCUGAGAAGACCGAUGAGACCAGUAGCCAGGAAAUUUCCGCUGGUAUCCAGCGCCAGACUGCCGUUUUCCAAUGGCAGGACGUGUGCUACGACAUCAAGAUUAAGAACGAGGAGCGUCGUAUCCUGGAUCACGUUGAUGGUUGGGUCAAGCCUGGUACCUGCACUGCCCUGAUGGGUGUUUCUGGCGCCGGUAAGACUACUCUUCUGGAUGUGCUCGCUACCCGUGUCACUAUGGGUGUUGUCUCUGGUGAGAUGCUUGUGGAUGGCCGCCCCCGCGACCAGUCCUUCCAGCGCAAGACCGGUUAUGUCCAGCAACAGGAUCUUCAUCUCUACACCACCACCGUCCGUGAAGCACUGCGCUUCAGUGCUAUGCUUCGCCAGCCUGCCCAUGUUUCCCGCCAGGAGAAGUUGGAUUACGUCGAAGAGGUCAUCAAGCUUUUGGGUAUGGAAGCCUAUGCUGAUGCCAUCGUUGGUGUUCCCGGUGAAGGUCUCAAUGUCGAACAGCGUAAGCGCCUGACUAUCGGUGUCGAGCUUGCUGCCAAGCCCCAGCUGCUUCUGUUCCUGGAUGAGCCUACCUCUGGUCUCGACUCUCAAACUUCCUGGUCCAUUCUCGAUCUGAUUGACACCCUGACCAAGCACGGUCAAGCUAUUCUCUGCACUAUUCACCAGCCCUCUGCUAUGCUUUUCCAGCGCUUCGACCGUCUGCUGUUCCUUGCUAAGGGCGGAAGAACAGUUUACUUCGGUGAAAUUGGCGAGAAGUCCUCUACCCUCGCUAGCUACUUCGAACGCAACGGUGCCCCUAAGCUGCCUGUCGACGCUAACCCUGCUGAAUGGAUGUUGGAGGUCAUUGGUGCUGCUCCCGGUUCUCACAGUGAUAUCGACUGGCCUGCCGUCUGGCGCGAGAGCCCUGAGCGCCAGGGUGUGCACCAACACCUGGGUGAGCUCAAAGCGACCCUCUCCGAGAAGCCUGUCGAGGAUGCUAGCACCAACCCGGAAAACUACAAAGAAUUCGCCGCUCCCUUCACCGUUCAGCUCUACGAGUGCCUCGUCCGUAUUUUCAGUCAGUACUGGCGCACCCCGGUGUACAUCUACUCCAAGGCUGCGCUCUGCAUUCUCACGGCUCUCUACAUCGGUUUCUCCUUCUUCCAGGCACAGAACUCCCAGCAGGGUCUCCAGAACCAGAUGUUCAGUAUUUUCAUGCUGAUGACCAUCUUUGGUAACUUGGUGCAGCAGAUCAUGCCUCACUUCUGUACCCAGCGCUCUCUCUACGAAGUUCGUGAGCGCCCCUCGAAGACCUACUCCUGGCAGGCUUUCAUGACUGCGAACAUUCUGGUUGAACUCCCCUGGAAUACUCUCAUGGCUGUCUUCAUCUUCGUCUGCUGGUACUACCCGAUCGGUCUGUACCGUAACGCCCAGGAGGCUGGCAAUGUUCACGAGCGUGGUGCCUUGAUGUUCUUGCUCAUCUGGACUUUCCUGCUCUUCACCUCCACUUUCGCACACAUGAUCAUUGCUGGUAUUGAUCUUGCCGAGACCGGUGGUAACCUGGCCAACUUGCUGUUCUCGCUUUGCUUGAUUUUCUGCGGUGUCCUCGCCACUCCCGCAAAGAUGCCUGGGUUCUGGAUUUUCAUGUACCGCGUUUCACCAUUCACGUAUCUCGUCUCAGCAAUGCUGUCGACUGGUGUCUCUGGCGCCACAGCUACCUGCGAGAGCAUCGAGUACCUGCACUUUGACCCUCCAAGUGGUGAGACCUGCCUGCGGUACAUGCAGCCCUACAUUGAUCUCGCUGGUGGAUACCUCCUGGAUAACAAUGCCACCUCUGACUGCUCAUUCUGCACCGUCAAGUCGACCGAUGUCUUCCUUGCCCAGGUGGUCAGCUACUACAAGGAUGCCUGGCGCAACUUUGGUAUCAUGUGGGUCUACAUCAUCGUCAACAUCUUCCUGGCCGUUGGCAUCUACUGGCUCGCCCGUGUGCCCAAGGGCAGCCGCAGCAAGGAUUCCAAGUAG